GCGCUCAAAAGGGUAAAAACAAAGUUCCGGCGCGUAAAAACCCAAAGUCCAAUGCCUCAGAGAUUUACGACAGUUUGCACACCCCGACGUCAGAACGACCUGGAUGGCAUUGGUGAUCAGGUGCACGAUCUGUACCUGGACAGUAAACAUGUUCAUGGACAUUUCAAAAGUGGCAUUGAUAACACUGUCACAAAAUUCCGUGACCGGAAAAUGUCGUGCAUGUUCUCUUCUUUGGUUCCUCCACAAAACGCCAUAAGACUUUUUAAGUUCAUCGACCCGCCUUGACACUCGUCCGGUCAUUACUCAGGGAGAAUGAUCGAAAACUGGGCUUCGCUACACUACACACAACACUUGAUAUGUAUCUGGACCCGGAAAUUGUCCCUAUACAUUCAAAAUGUUAGACUCGUCCGAGUGCAGCUGCUCCGCAAUGCAGUCCACAUACAUGUAGAAUGCCGCGUCGUGAAGCGAGGCCCAUUAACUUGGUAUAUAAUUUACUUCGUCGAAGGGGUCUCCGGGGAUUUGGUCCGGGAGGGGGAAAGUUGAGGGAAGGGAGAGGGGGGGGAGGGAGGGAGGGACAGAUAGAUAGAUAGAUAGAUAGAUAGAUAGAUAGAUAGAUAGAUAGAUAGAUUAGAUUCGAUUGAUUAGAUUAGAUUAGAUAAAUCAGAUAGGGGGGGAGAGAGAGGGAGGGAGGGAGGGAUAGAUAGAUAGAUAGAUAGAUAGAUAGAUAGAUAGAUCAGAUAAGGGGGGGAGAGAGAGGGAGGGAGGAGGGAUAGAUAGAUAGAUAGAGAUAGAUAGAUAGCUAGAUAGAUAGAUAUAUAGAUAGAUAGAUAGAUAGAUAGAUAAAUAGAUAGAUAGAUUAGAUUAGAUAAAUCAGAUAGAGAGAUUCGAUAGAGAGAGAGAGAGACGAGAGAGGAAAGGGAGAAAGGGUGAUGAACGUUCUCCUGGGUCGAGAUUCCUGAAAGCGACGAGGAAGAGAGCAAGAGGAGGGGGAAAGGAUGAAGCGCAAAAGAGAAGAGGAAUACAGAAUUACAAUGCCAAUCGAUACAACAAACAAUUCAAGCUAGAGAUAGAAGAAGAAAAAGAAAAAGAAGAAGAAGAAGAAAUACAAAAGAAGUCGCCACCAUCAACCGGAUAUCAGCGUCCUCUACCGCAACUCACCUAAACGUUUUUUGGAUACAAAAUUUUGGUCUCCGGCAUGACCUUUCCCGACAGUAACAAACAUUAUUACAUAAACGUUUUUCCCUUACAGCGACCUAAUUUUGCUAAGAGCCCCUGAAUCGAGUGGAGUGAAAAGCCCGUGAGAGUUAGGGAGAGGUCCAGCCAGCCUAUUCACAAGAGCGCGUACUUGGCGCCGCGAGCCGGGGAUGGGCGGGAAGAGAGAGAGAACGAGAGCGAGGGGAGAGAGGGAUAAAUGGAACACAGACAAAAAACAGGCAGGAUAGACAGACAGGAAAGACAGACAGGAAAGACGGCGAGCUACCACGUGUCACGCGCUAGGGAAGGGAAACGAGCAGGGAAAGAAGAUUAAAGAACACGGGACAAGAGACCCGAACGAGGAGAAAAAAAGAAUCGACAGGCGAUGAGGGGAGAAAGAGAACUGCUACACGCUAAAGGCAGCGAAAAGAGAGAGAGAGAGAGAGAGAGAGAGAGAGAGAGAGAGAGAGAGAGAGAGAGAGAGAGAGAGGAUGAGGAGAGACAGAGAACUGCUACACGCUAAAGGCAGCGAGAAGAGAGAGAGAGAGAGAGAGAGAGAGAGAGAGAGAGAGWGAGAGAGAGAGGACGAGGAGAGAAAGAGAACUGCUACACGCCAAAGGCAACGAGAAGAGAGAGAGAGAGAGAGAGAGAGAGAGAGAGAGAGAGAGAGAGAGAGAGGAUGAGGGGAGAAAGAGAACUACACGCUUAAGGCAGCGAGAAGAGAGAGAGAGAGAGAGAGAGAGAGGGAGGGAGAGAGAGGAAGAGGAAGAGGAAGAGGAAGAGGAAGAAGACAGGGAGCAGGAGGAAAGAACGAGCGAAUGACGCUGGCUGGCUGGCUGGCUGGCUGGCUGUAUAUCGCUCACGUCUCAGGUGUGCGUCUAGCUUAUACCCUGUACGUGCGUCUCGCUGUCUUUUUUAUACUGCUCGUCUCCACAGUCUUUCUACUCAUCCACAGAUAGCCGCCCACUCGUUCGUAACGUUUUUGGCCACCUGGGCGGGAAAACGAUCUUAGAAACGAGGGAGAUGCCCCGCCACUUUUUCCACCUUCUUCGUUAUUCUACUCCCCUUCUCCUCAGCUAUGGAUAUGGAGCGCACACUGGUCCCGAUUGAAAAGGCGCGUGAACUCCAAGGAGUCGAUCUUGCGUUGGAUCCGCGUUUUCGUGAAAAAAACUUUCCCGCCCACGGAUAAUGGGCCUCGCUGGACUACUCACCAAAAGAUGACGGGUGUAUAGACCCCCGUGUCUUUUGUCCAGUGGCGCCGAUUGCACUUGGAAACACAAAACAAAUCGAGCGGGAUAUG